AUGAAUCUUGAUCAAAGUGUGGUGGAUCUUUUGACGUACUUUGAAAUCGACCAAAAAACUGGAUUCUUGAUUGCAGAUCCACUAAUUAAGCUUCCAGAAGCGUUUGAGCAGUGGCAUCAAAUUUCUGAUAAUUGUCACCAUAUUCUUUUAGACAAUAUGGAGCAGUUGAUAGCGCAGAAAUUGUUAAACCAUCGAAUUGAGCAACUUCCAGUGAUAAGCACUGAUAGUCUCACCAGUAACAAGGAAUUACGUUUGGCUCAUCUAUUACUUGUCACUUUAGCAGCUGGAUAUAUUUGGCAAGAUGGGCUUGAUAAAGCUCGACUCUCAGUUCCAGCAUCUAUUUCGAUACCGUUACUGGAAGUGUGUAAACGGCUAAGCUUCAAACCAAUAGCAUGUCAUGCAUCAGUGUGUUUAGCUAACUGGAGACCGAUUCGAGAAUCGGAAUCGUUUGAUGCUGCAGCAGCAGACAUUAUUGCUUUCCGCUUUGUGCAGCAUCCUGGCAACCGGUGGUUCUUCACACUUACCGCACAAAUAGAAGCAGAAUUAGCUGAAGCAUUAUGCGCAAUCGCAAGUGCGUGCUGGCGCGGAGAAAUUGAACAAUCAACCAUGUUACAUAUAACUAAUGCGGUAAAAACAGCAACUGCCACCAUGAAGCGUAUGGAGGACUACGUUCCACCAGAUGUUUUCUACCAUGGAUUUCGCAUAUUUUUGUCAGGUUAUACUACAAAACCAAUGGUAGAACAAGGAGGCAUCAUAUUUGAAGGUAGACAGGAUCUUGGUCCUCAGUUACUUAAUGGAGGAUCCGCAGCACAAAGUUCUACCUUCCAUGUAAUAGACGGAUUUCUUGGAAUUAAACAUUCUUAUCAUGUUGAAGAAUUUUUGGCACUUCAACGAGAAUACAUGCCACCAAAACAUCGUGACUUCAUUCUUUGGGUUCGACAGAGUGCUGCCAAAAUUCUUAACCUAAAAUACGCAACCGGCUAUUACCGAGCUGUACAAGCUGUGAGAAAAUUUCGAGAAUCACACAUAAAAAUGGAAAGUAUUUCAACUUAUUGCGUCGAAAAGUUUAUCGUUCUGCCGGCAGAAGAUAACUGCGAAUUGGGAACUGGUGGUUCAUCUUUCAUGGACUUACUAAAAAGCAUUGCUAGUGACUGUCAACAUAAUCAGUCUCGACUGACACCGAUGUGA